AUGCUGUUUGAUGAAUGUCAGUCAAUGCCCUGCGUGCCUAAACCUCAACAACGGUCGCCAAAUGCUUCCUUCAACCCGGCGCACGCUCAGUAUGCGUGCUGUUUUCAACAGUUACACUCGAAUACGGGCGCCAUUCUCAUCGCCGUGUUCCACAUCAUCCUGUGCAGCGGUAUAUUCACGUGGCUUGUGAAGUGCAUUGCCACCGAAAAAUCAAGGAUCGAGCUUGCCGCUGAAAUUUUUCUCGCCUCAUUAUGCCUUAUUGCUGCCAUUAUUUUAUUGCUUGGAUUGAAACUCGAAAGUCGCAGACUACUCACUGGUUAUGUUCUUGCUCAGACACUUCUCGUUGGCCUUCUCUUUGUAUUAUUUCUCGCACUUAUAAUGGGCAUUAAGCCCGGAAUUCUCGACGACCCGGAUCAAAACGGAUACAAUUCUCUAGAAGAGGAACUUCUGAUAGUUUUGGAAAUUUUCAUCUCGCUCGCCGUGGUAAUCAUUGAAGUUUGGUUCCUGACAAUUGUCCUCAAAGCCUACUCGUUUUUCACCGACAAGUACAACUACACCGGCGGAGACCGCGAGGACAACGUGUGAAAUUGAUUGCCAAUCGUUUUUUUUUGUAAUUUUUUUUCUGAAUGUUUGCUAGUGUGAUAUUUUUUCCCCUUCCAUGUACAUGUACAUUUUCCCCUCUUCAACCACCUACCCAAUUUUCUCUUUUUGAAUCAAAAAUGUAUUAUCCGAAUCCUCAAAAAAAAAAGAAGAAAAAGAAGAAAAAAAACGUUCACCGCCCAAUAUUCUAUAUUUAUUUUAUCCGGAAAAAGUUCGUUUUGAAUAAAAUAUAAAAUGGAAA